AUGGGGUUCCGUAAGAGCUCCGCGAAGCCCAAGACCGGGCCGCCGCCCCCCGUCGAGGAUGGGGAAUCGCCCACCGUAAGGAUGCGCAACCUUGGCUACACGUACGCGACGUCCGAGACCCGCCACCCGAAGAAGAAGGAGGACAAGCACGCGAUCCUGAGGCGCAUCUUCGAGAGCGUGGUGACCAAAGAGCUGUGCACGGCCGCGCUCAUCGCGGACGGGCACAACGGCGACGCGGCCUCCACCGUCGCCCAGGAAUUUCUCCUCCAUGCGAUCUCCGCGAGGCUGGACCGCGCAGACGAGGCCGGUGCCUCAAGGCCAACCCUCUCUCCGGCUCGACCGUCACCGUCUGCCUCGUCAACGCCACCCGCCGCGAGGUGACCUGUGCGAACGUCGGCGACACCUUCGCCAUUCUCGUGCCAAACAUGUCGGAGUUCGGCGACAAGCCCGUCACCCUCUCGACGUCGCACCGCAUGAUGGACAACCCCGAGGAGAUGGAGCGCGUCAAGGGGCUCGCCGGCGUCGAGGUCAAGCAGGGCACAAACGCGCUCG